AAGAAGAAGAACGGACUGAUCUAUUAUGCUGUAGGUGCAGUUGACUUGACGCAACUGUUUCGCAAAUAUACUGAAGAACAAACUUCAUCAGAGUACCAAAAUGGAUUUGAGCGAGCAGAUUAGUAAUCUAGAAGCAGACUUGCAAGAGCUGGGUUCCAUCUUGGAGACGGCAGAGAGGAAAAGGGUGCAAGAACUGCUAAAGCAGGAGCAAAAGAAGGUGGAGAAAGAACUCGCGACCAAACGACAACAGCGGGAGCAACAAGCUAAGAAAGACGCUGAGCCAUCCGCAGCAUCCAAAGCAUCUUACACAGUGAAGAUCACCAGCUACGCGUGGGACCAGUCUGAGAAGUUUGUCAAAAUUUACUUGAAUUUGAAAGAUGUGCACAAAAUCCCUUUAGAAAACGUGGAAGUGAGCUUUUCAGAAAGAUCAUUUUCAGUCUUGGUGAASGACCUGGAUGGCAAAAAUCAUCAGUUGACUGUUCUCAACCUGCUGCAUCCAAUCAAUGAAAACGACAGCUACAAAAAAGUAAAAACAGACAUGGUGAUGGUCAUGUGCAAAAAGCAAGCAACAAAGAAGUGGGAGUGCCUUACCUCAGUGGAGAAGCAGUCUAAAGAAAAAGAUAAGCCCAGUAUGGACGAGAAUGCAGACCCCAGCGAGGGCCUCAUGAGCAUGCUGAAGAAGAUUUACGAAGAAGGAGACGACGAGAUGAAACGAACGAUCAACAAAGCCUGGUCGGAGUCCCAAGAGAAGAAGAUAAGAGGGGAAGAAAUGAUGAACUUUUAAAUUUUAAUUUAYCCACAGCAGGACCAAAAUAAAUAAAUAAAUAAAUAAACAAAACUCAACGUCAUAAAUAAUUUGUUUGGAAUAAUGUCUGAGGGCCUGGAUGAACUGAUUUUACCCUGCAGGCUGUUAAUGGUGUUGUCCUGCAUAGAUCUCCAUGUCCACCAGAUGGCAGCAGUGAUUCAUUGUUGCUUGAUUAAAAUCCCAACAGUUUGGGUAAGUUGUGGGAGUCUACUCUGUUUUCAUCAGGCUUGUUUUUGAACGACUUUCAAACAUGCUUUAUGCUUCAUUUUCAAGUUUUUAAACCCUUGUUAACAUUUUCACAGAUGCCUUUUUUCCCUGAUUAAAUAUAAUUUGCAAAGACGGUGAUGUUACUUGCAUCGGCCUGGUGAAAUAAUGCACAUUUAUGCAUGUAUUAACCUAUUAUGGGCUUUCCUUCAGCUUGUUAAAAAAGUAAAAUGACAUUCCACAAUGUGA